UAUUGUUCUUAAGUUGUGAAUUGUAAAUCUUGAUAUGUAUAAUGUCUACAUAUUAUUAGGUAUAAAAUAUUGUUUGUGCUUUAUGACACUGACAUUUGACUAAGUGCCUAAAAUCAACCUAAAAUGAAAUGUCAAUGCACUUAGAGCAAAUGCUGCUACGAAAAUAGCACGGGUAGAAUUUAUAACAAGGUUGUUACUUGAAAGUUAUCUUAUUUAAUAAAACAAUAAAUUAAAAUCGAAGAAAGCCCAUGACAAAUAAUGGCAACGCCAACAUAUGAACACGAUGCCGAUGGUUCUAAAUUUAUACCCGCGACUCAGCGCCCUGAUGGUACUUGGAGAAAACCUAGACGCAUCAAGGAUGGUUAUGUGCCACAAGAAGAAGUUCCUUUGUAUGAGAGUAAGGGCAAGCAGUUCAAAGCUCGGCAAAACACAGGACUACCGGUUGGCCUUACACCUGAAAUUGCCGCAGAGGUAAAAAAAUCUAAGAAAGGCACCAUACAGCCUAUACCUGGCAUGAUUAUAAAUGUAGAAAAGAAGAAAAAGAAAAAGAAGUCAGGUGUAACUGAAGCAACAGAAAAAUUGGCAAGAUGUGAAAUAACAGAGCCGACAUUCGCUAGUCCACCCCCUCCCACCGCACCCACGCAAUCAGACCCUGUCAAAAGACUAAAAAACUUGAGAAAGAAAUUAAGAGAAAUAGAAGCCCUCCAAGAGAAAAUAUCAUCAGGAGCUCUCAAAAAUCCAGACAGUGAGCAAAAAGAAAAAAUCUCAAGAAAGAAUGAAAUUAUGAAAGAAAUAGAUAUAUUAGAAAAGAGUAGCAAUUGACUUAAGCCAAAAUAAUAAUUAUUGUAAGAUAUUAUAUAAACUUCAAUUUUUUAAAUGUAUUUCGUGUGGUGUAAAAAUCCAGAAGGAUUGGCAAUAUUCAAUUUUAUUUAUGAUCC